CUGAAACACACGACGGUCAGCUGACUGAAAUAUUGAUAAAGCAAGUUGGCAGCAGGCGGAGGAAGCGAUCACUCAGGCGGUGGCGAGCUGUUCCUGUUCUUAUUACCUGAACGCUGGUUCCAUGUUCAGGGAGAAGAAGAGAAGCUGCUGAGCACCACCAGAGAGGAUCGGUAUGGACAUCCAGGAUGAGAGACGGAGGCUGCUGGAGGACGAGAGCGGAGAUCAGAACCCGACAGGACUCCUUUCAGAGCAGGAUGCUUACCUCAGUAAGGUGAAGAACAGGAAGUUGUACCUGGCGACGUUAGCCUCCGUCUUGGGCCCCAUGAGCUUCGGGUUCGUGCUGGGAUACAGCUCCCCCGCCAUCCCCGAGCUCAUGAAGAUCUCCAACCCUCGCCUGAGGCUGGACGACGAGGAGGCCUCCUGGUUCGGGUCCAUAGUGACGGUGGGAGCAGCUGUGGGGGGGCUGCUGGGAGGCUGGAUGGUGGAGAGGAUCGGCAGGAAGCUCAGUCUGAUGCUCUGUGCGCUGCCCUUCGUCUUCGGCUUCACCAUCAUCAUCGCCGCUCAGAACAUAUGGAUGUUUUAUGUUGGCAGACUUCUGACUGGCCUCGCCAGCGGCGUCACGUCGUUGGUGGUCCCGUUAUAUAUUUCUGAGACGGCGCAUGAGAAGGUUCGAGGGAUGUUGGGCUCCUGCGUUCAGCUCAUGGUGGUUCUGGGCAUCAUGGGAGUUUACCUGGCAGGUCUCUUCAUGGACUGGCGCUGGCUGGCGAUCUGCUGCUCCCUCCCCCCGACGCUGCUCCUGGUCUCCAUGUGCUUCAUGCCGGAAACGCCUCGGUACCUGCUGUCCAGGAGGAAGAGGCGGGAGGCCGAGGAGGUGCUGCGCUUCCUGCGCGGGCCCGACGCCCCCGUGGAGUGGGAGUGCGCUCGCAUCGAGGAGGCCUUCGAGGAGCAGGGCUCCAGCUUCCACCUGUUUGACCUGAAGGACCCCAGCAUCUACAAGCCCCUGAUGAUCGGCGUCAUGCUGAUGGCCUUUCAGCAGAUGACCGGGAUCAACGCCAUCAUGUUCUACGCUGAGAACAUCUUCAAACAGGCAAACUUUCAGAACAGCGCCCUGGCUUCAGUCAUCGUGGCUCUGAUUCAGGUUGUUUUUACGGCCAUCGCAGCUCUGAUCAUGGACAAGGCCGGCAGGAAAAUCCUCCUCACCAUCUCAGGAUGGUCUAACCAGCGCGGGGACCUUCUGGCUCUUCUCCUGCAUGUGCGCCCUCAACAUCGUCUUCACAAUAGUCGUCAUCCCGGAGACCAAAGGCAAGACCCUGGAGCAGAUCGAGGCCAUUUUCAGAGGCACGUCGGGUCCAUGAAGUGGCCACAUGUAGAGAAAAACCCAAAGACCUCCAUGUAAAUGUUUGUAAAACUGACUGUUCCUGUGGGCAUUGUAAAAUCCUCCUGAACAUAGAACCAAUUAAAACACUUUUUUUCCUGUUUCUUUGAUUUUAAAAAUGGUUAUUUUGUUCGUUUUAAACAAGUUGUGCCACUGUACGUUACUGAGGUACGACUAAAACCACAGCUGUGCUUCAGAAUAAGCUUCUUUUAAUUUAACAACCAAGUGUUCCUUUAAAGUGUUUAUUCUGAAAACGUCUUUUUAUUUUUUAUUUUUUCCAUCCAGAGGUCUUUGCUCUAACUGAGGUCAAAAGAUCAAAACUUUUAGGUUCUAAAGAUUUUGUGUUGAAGCACAGCGACACGCCUGUUGAGUUUAUUAAUUCUGAGUUCUGUCACCUAAACAGGGAUUUGUACAAUUAUUAUUUUCUUUGUGGAAUCAGCUUCUAUAAUACUAAAGUGGAACAAAAAGUUGAGUUUUUUUAAUGAUGCUUGAUCGUGUUUUAAAACUUGAUAACAGUUGUUCCUGUAGAUUUUCAAACUGACCUUUUACAUUUAAAACAAUAUGAAAUAUUUGAGGCGAACGCAUCGUUGAAUGAAGGAGUUGCUGGUUACAGUGAUUUAAAUACAUUUAAAGCACAACAGAAACAGACAAACAGGCAUUUUAAAAUCUUCCAGCUGUGAACUGUGAAGAAUACGGGCAUCUUUUAUCAUCUCAUAUGUUUUUAUUUCUGUUAUAUCCUGAAACAGAAAUGGUUUAAACGUGUCUCUUGCACACAAAUGGCAAUAUGUCUUUUAUUUUGUUUGUGACUGCUUGGUAAAUUGAAGCUAAUGUUUAUUUUAUUAUUUUGUCUAAUAUGACAACAGAACAUUGCUUUACUUUAUGAGUUUUUUUUUUUCCAUAUCAGUCUUAAUAGGUGUCUUAAAUAUGAUGCUAAUUGCCUCUUAGGUAUAAAUACAUUUUAACAAAAAUAAAUAGUUAAAUGGUUUAUAGAACUGUAAUGAAAAAUAAAAAAUGUUUUAUUGUAAACACUGCGUAUUUUAGCACCCCAAGAAAUAUUUUUGUGGUUCCUGCUUUUACUUUUCACUAAAAAAGUCAAUUGUUUUCUAUCAUUUUAUAAUUCAACGUAAUGAAGAAAUGAGACUUUUGUCGCCCUCUCGUGGCCACAGAGAGAACUGCUAACACUUCCUGUGAAAACCUUCCAAAUAAAAGUGACUUUUCUUGA